AUGAAGGUCCUCUUUCUUUCUGCUGUUCUCUUCUGUUUGGUCCAAACUAAUUCAGGGGAUAUUCCACCUGGAAUUAGAAACACCAUCUGCCUUUUGCAACAUGGGAAUUGCAGACUGUUUUUCUGCCGUUCUGGUGAGAAAAAGGGUGAAAUCUGCUCUGAUCCCUGGAAAAGGUGCUGCAUGCCAAAUACUGAAGAAGAAAAAAAAGAGAAACCAGAGACAAAUGGAAGAGCUAUUGGGACUUAA